AUACUACUGAUAACGUUCUUUCAAAACUGGUAUAUGACAUACAUCAAGUACUUCAAAUUAAAUUGACAUUUUGAAUAUUGAGAUAUAUUAAAUGAUUAAUUUUAACACCGGAAACUUGAUUUUGUAUCGCAAGUGUGAAAGAUGCUCACCAUAUGACUGUCAGUAUUCGUUUCUUGUCACGAAAAGUUGCCGAUAAAUUCGCGUUAAGGUUUUUGAAUUAAAGUCGAAAAUCGCAUAAAUGGAUAAAUAUGAAUGAGAUAUUAUUAAUAUAGAUGUAUUAAUGUUCAAUUAUCUUGAUCUGGAGUUAGUCACUGGCGACGGAAAAGUACAAGACUGUACAUAUGUGACCAUCAGUGUUUAGGCUGAUUAUCAGUGACGUAUAUAUGACAGUGAAGCGGAACGUGAGACAUUUCUUGAGAUAUUCUCAGUGCUAGAUGCAGCCUUCACCGGAAAUGAACGAAUCAAAAAUCAGCGAUCAAUAUUCGACAUGGGUUGGCCUCGUGUAUAUCUUCAAUCUUAUCGUUGGUACAGGCGCUUUGACGUUACCUGCUGUUUUCAGCCGUGCAGGAUGGGGACUUGGAUUGAGCGUCAUCUUAGUGUUAUCAUUUAUCAGCUUCGUCACAGUUACAUUCGUCAUAGAAGCAAUGGCAUCUGCUAAUGCUAUAGUUACAUGGAGACACAUUCAACAUCGAAAACGUGUUCUGCAAACAUUGGGUGAAUCCGGUCCUUCCAACUCAGAUUCUGAGGACACUCCACUGGUAGCUCCCCUCUCAACUAGUCCUGAACGUUUGGAUAACACUUAUAGAUAUUAUGUGAUUCAUGACAGGAUAGAGAUGGGCCAGAUGGCAUCCAUCUUCUUCAACAAAUUUGGCACUACUCUAUUCUACUUAUGUUUGGCUAUAUAUUUAUAUGGAGAUCUGAGUAUUUAUGGUGCUGCAGUUGCAAAGUCGUUAGCGGACGUUGCCUGUACUUAUCAGCCAAGCAAUCUCACAUGCAACGAUACCAUACCAGACAUUGAAAUUUGUUGGGAGGGUCUUAUGUUAAAUAGAUUGGAUGCGUACAGGAUAUUUCUGACGAUAUUUGUGCUAUCAUUGGGGCCGUUUGUAUUCUUUAAUGUUCAAAAAACCAAGUAUCUUCAGCUACUGACUUCGGUAAUGCGAUGGCUUGCAUUUACCAUUAUGAUUGUGUAUGCUGUAAAUAAACUUUUUCAAUACGGCAUUCGGGGCGACCCACCUGUUGCAAAUAUAACUGGGAUUCCUAGUCUUUUCGGUGCUUGCGUUUAUUCCUUCAUGUGUCAUCAUUCGUUACCGGCUUUGGUUGCACCGAUAGCGAACAAGUCCAUGCUAAAUCGUUUCCUUGCGCUCGAUUACAUGCUGAUCGCCUUAUUUUACUUACUGCUGGCACUGACUGGCGCCUUCGCCUUCAAGCAUUUAGACGAUCUCUACACAUUGGACUUCGGGCCACGUGGGUCAGGUGAUUGCUCCAAGAGCAACAACAUUUUCAUGCUCCUCAUAGAGUAUUUCCUAGCGCUCUUCCCUGUGUUCACUUUGAGUACCAGUUUUCCCAUUAUAGCGAUUACUCUCAGAAACAAUUUGCAAUCGCUCUUUCUGAACGAGGACACGUCUUAUAAUUUAUGUCUUCGAAAACUCAUCUUCCCCAUCUUGGCGGUGAUACCGCCGUAUCUGAUCGCGAUGAGCACCAAGGAUCUGUCGAUAUUAGUUAGCAUCACAGGAUCAUAUGCUGGAGCAGGUAUUCAAUAUCUGAUACCGACGUUCUUGGUCUAUUACGCCAGGCAGGAAACUAAUAAGGUCAUUGGUCUCGGUGUCGUUAACAAAUUCGCGAGUCCUUUCUCCGGCCGGUGUUGGCUAUUUUUCGUCGUAAUAUGGGCGAUCACUUGCAUGAUCUUGGUCUCGGUCAAUUUCAUACAGAUACAUCUUGUACCGAAUAGUGGAUAACGACAUGGACAUCGUUUGUGUCGUGCAUAAUCAAAAGAAAACAAAGCUUGUCGCUCUUCGGACGUGAUAUUGUAUGAAAAAGCUGGCAGAGACGGAUGUUUGCGAGAGUCGACUGCAUAUCCUAAGAGCGACGCAUCUUGCAAUGUAUCGCUCUAGAUUAUUCGCUUUAUUGAGGAUUGUCCGAUUUAUUAGAUUCCCGAAAUUUAUAACGAUAAGUCUCGAGGAAUGUUGUACAGACGUUGAGCGUGUGGGCGGAACGACUGGCGACUGGUUCGCGAGUUGCGAGGAUUUAUGUUUUUUAGCUGAAGUUAAUAAUUUAAGACUAUCGUCAUCUGUGGCAGUGUAUUCUAACACACGUGUCUAUGACGAAACGACAAUAUUCUGGCACAAGUCGGCGUGUACAAGUCGAAUACUAGAUAAGUUUAAAGAUUAUUGAUAGGAUUAAUAUAUAUAGAUUAUUAAUGUAGCAAGAAUCUCAUUUGUCUUUGUAUCUACAUUUUACUUUUCUAGGCUUACUCCGGUACGAAUGUGGCGUAGUUUCGUUAAAACCACAUGAUGUUAAUCAUUGUUGUGUUUUUUUACGCGGUAGGCCCGUUCUUUGUAUAUACUGUGCAUUUAUGGCCAAGCGCUAAUAGCGAUAGCUGGUAAUGUUGUUUCUUUUAUUUUUGAAUCCCUUUUAUAUAGGAUUUUUGUAUAGAAUACGGAUAUAAAACUGCCAAAAGAGAAAUGGUAUUCGCAACAUGUCCGUCAUACCUGUGUACCUGUACAAGUGUAGUAGUUUACAAUGAAGAAGAACGUUGCGGGUAUAUGUGUGUGUAUAUA